GUUAACUUAACCUAAAAAUAUACGAUCGUUGUGAUUUGUUAUGGAGCCAAAUAGUGUAUAUUAUUUUUUUACUAUUAUUAAUAAGAGUGAACUAUUAAGUAAUCUGUGAAAUUAAUCAUACACUGACAGUAAAAUCAUGAUAAUCCGUAACUCAUCUGAUAUAACUUUUAUUAUUUCAGAGAUAACAUUGAAUCAAGGAUAGUUUUGCUACAUUUGCUUUAACGUUCCAUUUAAGUAACUAUUUUACUAAAAUACAAAGCAAUAUGGCUCACGAAAAAGUUAUACUUGUAACAGGUGGUACAGGGCUUGUUGGAAAUGCCAUAAAAACUGUUAUUGAAAGUGAAAACCCCAAAGAUGAAAAAUGGAUAUUUAUAAGCAGUAAAGAUGCCGACUUGUGUAAUUUAGAAGAUACAAAAAGAUUGUUUGCUAAGCACCAGCCCACUCAUGUUAUCCAUUUGGCUGCAAUGGUUGGAGGAUUAUUCCAUAACAUGUCCCAUAAUUUAGACUUUUUGAGACGAAAUUUACAUAUGAACGAUAAUGUAUUGCAAGUAAGUUAUGAAACAGGAGUAAAAAAAGUCGUUUCUUGUUUAUCAACAUGUAUUUUUCCUGACAAAACAACAUAUCCAAUAGACGAAACAAUGAUUCAUAAUGGCCCCCCACAUCCUUCAAACUUUGGUUAUAGUUAUGCAAAGAGAUUAAUAGACGUUUACAAUCAUGCAUACCAUGAGCAACAUGGUUGCACUUUUACGGCUGUGGUUCCAUGUAAUGUAUUUGGUCCUCAUGAUAACUUUAAUCUUGAAUCUAGCCACGUUAUCCCUGGUCUUAUUCGGAAACUGUAUGACAUAAUUCAACAAGGAGGUGAUACUUUUGUUGUAAUGGGAACAGGGAAACCCCUGCGCCAAUUUAUUUAUUCACUUGAUUUGGCUAAAUUGUUUGUUUGGGUUUUAAGGGAAUAUAAAGAGGUGGAUUCUAUUAUUCUUUCUGUUGAUGAAGCUGCUGAAGUUUCGAUAAAAGAUUUGACUGAGGAAUUAGUAAAAGCAUUUGAUUUUAAAGGGAAAGUCGUUUUUGAUACUACAAAAGCCGAUGGACAGUUUAAAAAGACUGCCAGUAACGCGAAAUUGAGAAAAUAUUUACCAGAUUUUCAAUUUACACCUUUUCAACAGGCAUUAAAGGAAACUGUUGACUGGUAUAAAAAAUAUCACGAUAUUGCGAGAAAUUAAUUAUUUUCAGUAAAAAUAAUUUUGAUAAUUACGUUUGUUCU